UCCUAAAAAGUUUCGGGUGGAAAAGACAAAGAAAGGAAAAACAGAGGGAGGAUAGUGGAAGGGGCAAGUAGCGAGAUCCAUGAUGAAGGGAGAGAUGGAGAAAGCGUAAGGAUCGUUUUGAUGAUGAUAUGAUUGUUGUAGAGUAUGGAAGAUGGAGCCUUUUAGAUUUCACAAGGACAACGCUUGAUCCUUCCCAUCUCCACGGGGAUUUUCCUCUUUAUCGCCAUAAAUCGGUCUCUUUCUCUUUGUAUUCGAUCUCUGGGCUGAAAAGGGUACAAAUUUUACCCUCGAUUUCCGCAUCCCCAGAAAAAAAUUUGGGAACUUGAUUGAAGCGACAGCAGCAGGAUAUGGGUAAUGUGAACGGAAGCAAUACUCUGUCUGCGGUUGAAGAAGACGGUGCUGAGAAUAGCUCGCGUGAAGCCAUGGCUGCCUCUGACGGCACCCAUGUCGCAAUGGGUCACUCCCCUCCUCACAGCCCUCGAGCCACCCAGUCCCCUCUCAUGUUCGCUCCUCAGGUUCCGGUUCUUCCACUGCAAAGGCCAGACGAAAUUCACAUUCCAAACCCCUCAUGGAUGCAACCUUCUGUUUAUGAAGGGCCCUGCAACGAGCAGCAACAAGGUAUUCCCACAAUGAUCACAUGGUGCCACGGGGGUAAAGAAAUAGCCGUUGAGGGCUCAUGGGACAACUGGAAGACAAGGAUAUGCUUGCAAAGAUCUGGGAAAGACUUCACCAUAAUGAAAGUCCUUCCCUCAGGUGUUUAUGAGUUCCGGUUCAUUGUCGAUGGUCAGUGGAUGCAUGCUCCAGAACUUCCAUCCGCCCGUGAUGAUGCCGGCAACACUUACAACAUUUUGGACCUGCAGGACUACGUUCCUGAAGACAUAGAGAGCAUAUCAGGGUUCGAACCUCCGCAAUCUCCUGAGUCAAGUUACGACGACAACCCGCUUCUCGGAGCAGAGGAUUACUCGAAAGAACCGCCCGUGGUUCCUCCGCACCUACAGAUGACGCUGCUGAAUCUAUCGUCGACCAGCACUGACAUUCCGUCUCAGCUGCCGAGGCCUCAACACGUGAUCCUGAACCAUAUCUUCAUGCAGAAGGGAAGGAGCGGCCCGUCCAUCGUUGCCCUUGGCUCUACUCACCGGUUUCUGGCCAAGUACGUGACUGUGGUUCUCUACAAGUCCAUGCAGAGGUGAACAGGACCGAGGAAUGGAGAUUUCUAGGCAUCGGAUUUGGGUUAAACGUACGGGGAAGAGCUGUCUUUUAAGUGAAUAGGGAAGAGACGUGGGUUUUUCUCGCUUUGGAGGAUGCUCGCACGUUAUUGUCUUAUUAACCCGAUAAAAUUUUUUUUUUUUUUGUUUGCAAGUUCUGAAUAAGGUUUUGCCCGAAGAACGAAGCUUCAGAACUCGAUUGCCGUUGUAAUCUUCUGCAUCCGCGUAAAAAGAGAGAAAAUGGUGGCAAA